CGGGAGGCUUCCGCCACAAUGGCUUCUCGUGCGGUUGUUGGUAUUUUCCUUCUCUCUGCUCUCCCCGUUUUGUGUCUGGAACUCCGACGUGGGAUCCCAGAUCUAGUGUCUUUAUAGUGUCUACUACUGUGCUCAUCUAGAAUCUACUUGUUGGAGGAAAAGGAUGAAGGCUUUUGAGGCUGGAGCAAGGAGAGUAAGGGGAGACUGGCUCAAGAUGAUAAGAUUUAUUGAGCUCCUAUUAUAAGCCAAGUGCUGUUUAUCAUUAUCUAACUUGAUCUGCACUACAACCAUGGGGGAAUUAAAGAUCUCGUUUUGUUGUGUGGCCAGAUUUUUUUACUGCUUGCCCUUCUUACUUUAAUCAUUUCUGUGACUACCUCAUGGCUUAACUCAUUUAAAUCUUCCCAAGUUUAUCUGAAAGAAGAGGAAGAAGAGAAGAAUGGCAAAAGGCAAAAACUUGUGCGAAACAGACAGCAAGAGACACAGAGUGAAAAGGCCAGCAGAUACAUAGAGAAGGUUUUAAAACCUCACCAGGAAAUGAAACUGAAAAAACUGGAAGAGCGCUUUUAUCAAAUGUCAGGUGAAACCUGGAAGUUGAGCAAUGGUCACAAACUUGGGGGUGAUGAAGGGCUGGUACUUGAAAAUGCCAGUCAGACAUCUGAAACUUCAAACAGAGAAGCUGCAAGAAGACGGAACUUGCCUGAGCCUGUAACCAAACUUUCACGACCUCCUGACCAGCCCACGAAGAAGGUUCUUGAUUUACCUGAAGAACCUCCUAAAACAGCUGAAGAAGUAGUUACUGUCGCUCUCCGAUGUCCAAGUGGGAGUAUGCUGAAGAGAAGGUUUUUUAAGACUUGCAGUUCACAGGUCUUAUUUGACUGGAUGAUGAAAAUUGGUUACCACACAUCCCUCUAUAGCCUUUCCACCUCCUUUCCCAGAAGGCCUCUGGAAGUGGAGGGAGGUUGGUCAUUGGAAGACAUAGGAAUAACUGUGGAUACUGUACUCAAUGUGGAAGAGAAAGAGCAGGCAACUAAUUAAGAAAUGAGAACUACCUGUUCUACACAAAAUCAGCCAUGCUGUGACCAUAUAGGACAAUAAAGGAUUCACUUUGAAAUUGUGCCAUACCUUGAUUGAGCUCAAGGUAGUAAACACUUUAAUGUUAAUAUCCAUGGGAAUAUCUUCACAUAAAUUAGGAAAGGAUUACUCUCUGCAUGUAAUAAUUUAAGGAAUGUGCCAUUUUAUAACAUACCAAAUGAGAGUGAGGUGAAAAUGAAUACAAUGAAAUAUGCAACAAUUGAUAUUUUUCCCGGCUGACAUCAUUUCUCAGUGUGUUAAAAAGCAAAGUCAUAUGGCAUUGGUUUCUGGGUCUUCAGUCCUUAACCUACCACAUUGUGGACACCUCACAAUUCAGUCAAACCCUUUGAAAUCUUAAAAGUAGGAAUGUUUAUUGUGAUGUAUUUCUAGAAAUUAAUAACUUAAAAAUUUCAAUGCUCUUUAAGGCUUUAAAGUUCUUUUUGAUAGUUAUAUAUUAAUGUUUACUUAGCUGAAGUUUGAGAUUUAUAUAAUUCUGUCUUGCUUUAAAUUGUGACAUUUACAAAAUUCCAAGUGGAUUAAUAUUUUUUAAAAAUGAAACAUGAAAGUAUUAAACACAGGUGAAUAUGUAUAUAUAUAUAUAUAUAUAAUUUCCAUUUUCCUGCUAGAAACCUGUAAAUAGCACACUAGAAUAUCAAGUUCAAACCCCAAGUCUGGAAUAAAUGACUGUUAACCUUGUCACA